GAAGGAUGCUCCAAUGACAUGCAUGACAGACCCUCCUACGUGAAUGACGCAGCCACCGCUGUCAUGCAACGCUGCUAGACGAGCAGUUGCCUAGGAUAUAGCGGUAGUAUAUCCGACAAGGCAUCACCAAUAGGCUAUUGUUUGUAUUAUGGGUGUACAAUUACCACGAUGCAAAUAAGACUGGUGUUGAAGAAAUGUCGAUGAGGCCACGUAUUUAGCCUAUUCAACGUGAUGUCAGAGUGCCCUGUAGGCUACAUUUCGUAUUUGCCCUUGCUUCAACAAAGGACAUUAUUAUAUCGCGACGCUUAUCCUGGAAUUGUAAAUGGAUGAGACUGCGACAGCGGGAGAGGCCGGGGGAGGCAUGCCCACAUCGGGGGCGGGUAGAUCGGACCAGAUGGAUACGGCCGGCCUCUCUCUCAAGCUGGAUUCUGGAGACAUGGAAGACGCUGGUCCUAGGAGGUCUACAAUAACUAGCGAGAUGCCGUCCCCCACAGCUCAGGGUCUAGGCCCAGGUCAGGAGAAGAAGAUUGGCCACAGGAGAGUAGACGCCUCUGGAGAGACCACCUACAAGAAGACCACGUCCUCUGCCCUGAAAGGUGCCAUCCAGCUGGGCAUCGGCUACACGGUGGGCAACCUGAGCUCCAAGCCAGAGAGAGAUGUCCUCAUGCAGGACUUCUAUGUGGUGGAGAGCAUUUUCUUCCCCAGUGAGGGUAGUAACCUGACUCCUGCACACCACUACCCAGACUUCAGGUUUAAGACCUACGCCCCAGUGGCCUUCCGCUACUUCAGAGAGCUGUUCGGGAUCCGACCCGAUGACUACCUGUACUCUCUAUGUAAUGAGCCCCUAAUCGAGCUGUCCAAUCCCGGUGCCAGCGGCUCCAUAUUCUACGUAACCAGGGACGACGAGUUCAUCAUCAAAACAGUCAAUGCCAAGGAGGCGGAGUUUCUGCAGAAACUACUUCCUGGCUACUACAUGAAUCUGAAUCAGAACCUGAGGACCCUGCUUCCUAAGUUCUUUGGUCUCUACUGCGUCCAGUCUGGGGGUAAAAACAUCCGUAUCGUGGUCAUGAACAAUGUGUUACCACGCGCCGUACGCAUGCACCUCAAGUUUGACCUGAAGGGCUCCACGUAUAAACGGCAUGCAUCGAAGAAAGAGAGGGAGAAAUCGAAUCCCACCUUUAAAGAUCUGGACUUUAUAUCAGAUGUACCGGAAGGACUGACCCUGGAUCAGGAUACAUACAGCGCCCUGCUAAAGACCCUACAGAGAGACUGUCUGGUGCUUGAGAGCUUUAAGAUCAUGGACUACAGUCUACUGCUGGGGGUCCAUAACCUGGGCCUGGCUGUGAGAGAGUCCCAGGGCUCACCAGCAGGGGGCGAUGAAAAGAAGCCUCAGGCCCAGAGAGCCCUCUACUCUACUGCCAUGGAGUCUAUACAGGGAGGGAAGGCUUGUAGAGACACAUCAGACCACGAUGCUACGAUGGGUGGUAUUCCUGCUGUGGAUGGUAAAGGAGAGCGUCUCCUUCUCUUUAUUGGAAUUAUCGACAUCCUGCAGUCCUACAGGCUAAUCAAGAAACUGGAGCACUCGUGGAAGUCUCUGAUCAGUGACGGGGACACAGUGUCUGUCCACAGGCCCAGUUUCUAUGCAGACAGGUUCUACAAGUUCUGCAGCACCACCGUCUUUAGAAAGAGCUGCUCCCUGAGGUCUUCUCCCUCCAAGAGAGGGCGAGGGGGGGCUCUGCCCGCACCCAAAAACAGUGUCCAAACACAGCUUUCCGUAGAGAGAGAGGAGAACCAGGAGAACGAAGACCUGCACCUCAGAGGGGCUCGUGGCUUCCCUCUGCUGGAGGAGGACGGUCUGAGAGAGCAUCCCCAUACUCCUCCGUCUUUUGAGGAUGCGACCACAGCAUCCAUCGCUACCACUCUCUCUUCAAACAACUCUCUCCCUACCACACCCUUUGAUACACCAGAACACCCACGCUUCAGGAGGCCAACCCACUCUCCACGGGACCGUGAGGGGAGUUUCAGGCCACAGCAGGAAGUAGUGGCGGUGCACGAGCAGACCAUCACUGUGGCUGUAGAGGUGAAGAGGGAACCUACAACCAGUGUGGUUCCAGAGGACCUACAGGACUCUAAAGUAACAGAGGAGGAAGUCAUCACACAGACCACAGCUGCUUCCUCUACACCUCCUUCAACCCCUCCUCCCUCCUCCGCCCCUCCAUCCUCCACACCUCCCUGCUCAGUCCCACCAGCCUCCACUCUCCCUCGUUCCCUUCCUCCCUCAGUCCCUUCCUCCUCUGCCCCUCACUCUAACUCCACUCUCCCUUCUUCUUCCACUCGUCCUUUCUCCACCAAUCAAUCAUCAGCUCACAUCGCCUCCACCCUUCCACCCUCUGCAGUCCCUCCACCCUCCAACUCUCCCUCUCCCACCACUCCCGCCUCCACCCUUCCCUCCUCCUCCCCCCAUUCUUCCCCCCUCCUUCCAAGCACCCCUCCCUCCUCUCUCCCUCCGAGCCCCCAGGUGACAGUAGAACGCUUUUCGUCCAAUCAUCUGUCUGUCACCUCGUCCGUCAGCCACAACUCACUGGAGGGGGAGGUGCCAGUCUCAGACAUCUACUUUUAUGCUGAUGGGAGGUAUUGGGUGUACUCCCCAAUUCUGGGUCGUAAGAAGCUCAACUCAAGCUCUAGCUGCAAUAAUCAGGAGGACAGGAGCUGGGUGUACUCUCCUCUGCACUACGGCUCAGAGUCCAGACCUGGCUCUGACGGGGAGAGCGAGACAUAAGUUGAGUGGAGUCUCCAAUGUAAGCGAAUCACUUGAGAGGCUUGAAGACUACAGACAGAAGCUGUGAUGCUUUACGAAGCUCCAUGAAGCUCUAUGAAGCUUCUACGGCAUUGUGUAACCCUUGUGGCCCAAUCUGCAUGUGAAGGCUUGUUUUACCCACAUGGAUGGAGAAGGAUUCUGUGGGAAAACUUAAUAAAAUGUUAUUUCUCUGCUUUGGCAACACCUUCCUAACACACACACACGCGUCUUCACACUCACACACUCUAACAUUGUCCUAUAUAAGUAUGCAACAAAAAUGUUCCCUUUGCCACAAAAUCAACUCAUGAACAUGAAAGUAUGCAUUUUGAAUAAAACCAUAUUGCAACCCUUUCCAAACAUCAGCUAAGGCUGCCCAGAGACUAUCGUACAGUACUUUAGUUGGUCUUGUUGUGCUGUUAAGAAUGAUAUUUGUCUUUUGUUACUGGUGCUUGUCUUUUGUUAACUGUGCUGUAAUAUCACGAAUUGAAUAUCAUGUGCAAUAUUGUCAUGGUCAGGUUUUUGACUCCUAUGGUUAAAUGUUGGAGAGUUUUGUCUUUUUCUGAAGCAAAACUUUUUUUCUCUCAGUUGUUUAUAAUGUUUUGUAGUGAUCACUGGUCUGAUGGUGAUGGUUUCAAAUUCAGCUCAAUCAAUAAUGUAAGUUGUGUUAAGAAUCGUGAACAUUUCUGUCUGGAAUUGUGCGUGCUCCGUGUUCUCACAGGGCACACUGAAGUCUUCACAAUGGUCAUGAAAACCUGAACAUUUUAUUUCAUUAUUAGCUCUCUAAAACUAUCAUUUUGUAAAUGUUUUUUUGAAACCAUAUCUUUGUCAUUGUUUUACAUUUAAAUGUUACAUUUGAGUAAUUUAGCAGAAGCUCUUGUCCAGAGCAACUUACAGUUAGUUAGUGCAUUCACGUUAAGAUAGCUAGGUGGGACAAUCGCAGAUCAUAUGCCUAGUAAGGACACUUUUCCUCAAUAAAGUAGCUAUCAGCAAAGUCAGAGCUAGAAAAGGGGGGCUCAGUUGGUAGAGCAUGGUGUUUGCAACACCAGGAUUGUGGGUUUGAUUCCCAUGGGGGACCAGUACAGAGAAAAAAUUUAUGAAAUGUAUGCAUUCACUACUGUAAGUCGCUCUGGAUAAGAGCGUCUGCUAAAUUACUAAAAUGUAAAUGUAAAAUGGGGGGGGGGGGGUCAAGUGUAAGUGUUGGUUCAGUUUAUUUAUUUGUUGAAUUAUUUGUCUCUAUUGCUGGGGAAUGUUAAUUUUUAUAGAUAUACUGAACAAAUGUGUUAUUAUUGCCUUACUGAGAAAUAUUCCCUUGAUCAGUUUUCCUUUUUUAAAUUCAUUUUGAUCAAUUGGACCAGGGUAGGUGUAAUAUAAAAUAUAGUAAUAUAUGCCAUUUAGCAGACGCUUUAAUCCUAAGCGAUUUACAGUCAUGCAUGCAUACAUUUUUACUGAUGGGUGGCGCCAGCGGGAAUCAAACCCACCACCCUCGGAGUUGCAAGCGACUGAGCCGCACAGGACCAACACAGUGUGUUGAACUUCAGCGUAACUUUAAAAAAUAAUAAUAUGAUUAUCAUUAUUGUUUAUAUUAUAAGAGGUCCAUACACUCCUCAGUAGUUCUAUAAUGUCAUUCUUCAGCAUCUAAGAAGAAAAAUAUAUAUUCUGUGAAUUGUAAAUAGUGUGUGUGCGUGGGUGACAAAGAGCGAAAGGGUUGGCGAGGAAAAGAGGAUAUUGCACUUUGUCCUGGUCAAUAAUAUAAAACAUCAAGGGUAAAAAAAGAUACAAUUGUUCCACUCCAGGGAACUUUAAAGGUUCUAAACAUUACUGUAACAUUUAAUCAAUGUCCAUCCUUCUAAGGUGCAAUCUGUAAGUUAUCUGGCCCACUGUGGCAACCAGACAAAGGGAAAAACACAAUUGACCUGAAACAAAACACAAAGAAAAAAGAUCUAGUUCAAAUUUGUCAAUGAUACUGUACUUGUACGACUUCAUCAUCAAUCCCCCGAAAAGUGUUGGGGUGAACGUACAGAUUGCCCCUUGAAGACAAAUCAAUGGCUGUGUGUAAAGUGUUUUGACAAGGAGUUAGUGCUUAUCAUCACUGAGUAAAAAUUAAAUAAUA